ACCUUUGCUCCAUCUGUUCUUCGUAUUUCGUUCCACGUAUGCAGGUUACGUCCAACAAAAUUUAAUUCAUCAUUACAUUAGAAUACGAAGCUACAUCACAAGACCGCCAAAAGUUACAAGCCACACAAAUUGAGUAACAAACAAACACGCAUUGCCUCUGUCUGCCUCCCUUGAUAGUUGGUACUGAGUUUCGUUAGCGCGCCGUGGGGAAACAGUGGCCCCCACCCCGUACCGUUCCUUUUCGUAACCCCCGUUUGGCCUGGCCUUCUUCUCCAAUUUAUAAGCACAGAAGCUGGGCUUCCCCAUUCCGUCGCUCUAAUUCAGCAACAGCCUCUUCUCAAUUACCAUUUCCCCUUUUCUUCUUCUUCUUCUUCUUCUAGUUUCCUUCCUUCAUCUGCUCGUAGUUCGUCUCCCUCUGUUAAACCUCAACACGGUUUCUCCUUCUCUUCCGUUUUUUUUUUUUGUCUCCGUCGUCGCUCUUUCGAUCGGGGAAUCAACUACCGUUUCCUUCGACAGGAGUACGAGCGCUCUCGCUUUUCUGAAGAAUCUUCAGUCAGAAUCCAGAGGUAAGAUUGUGGGUGGCGUAGUUCUUUGUAGUCUGUAGAGAUAAAUCAUAUCUUUGUUGUAUCUGUACCACUCGUCUAUCGUCAUCAAUUAUCCUGUAUUUUUUUCCGUGGUGUUGUGCUUUUCUCAUGGAUUAAAACUCUGCAAUCGAUUUGCUGUUUUACGUCUGUCUGUGUGCUUAUGAAAUUGAGCUCUGUGGCGGAAAUUUUUUCUAGGAUAGGAAUGGCUCAUUUGCACAACAAUGAUCUCGCGUACGUUGUCGAUGAGUAUUACGACUCCGAAUUCGAAGAGGAGCCGCAGCUUCAGAAGAGGGACGAGCUGGAGUCGCUAGACUCGGACUUUGAAGACGAUUUUGAGUUUAACAACUCGACGACUGACACAACUGCUGUGGAGUUACGGAGUGGGAAGGAUAUACAAGGAAUUCCAUGGGAGAGGCUCAAUUACACUAGGGAUAAGUACAGGGAGACGAGAUUGAAGCAGUACAAGAACUACGAGAACCUAUCUUACUCUCACGAGCAGAUCAACAAGGAAUGCCUUCAAGUAACGAAAGGAAAGACAUUUUAUGACUUCCAGCUGAACACGAGACACGUCAAAUCGACGAUUGUGCAUUUUCAGCUGAGGAAUCUGUUGUGGGCUACAUCGAAGCACGAUGUCUACCUAGUGGGAGACUAUUCGGUGAUGCAUUGGUCUGCCUUGUUAAGAAAAGGGAAAGAAGUCCUUAAUGUGGCCAAACCAGUAGUUCCGACCUUGAAACGUCCAGGGUUGUUGACACAAUCACUUUCCCGGGUGCAAAUUAGCUCUAUGGCUGUGAGAGACAACAUAUUGGUUGCCGGAGGCUUUCAAGGAGAGCUUAUAUUCAAGUAUCUGGAUCAUCCUGGAGCUGCAUUCUGCACCAAGCUGACAUCAAAUGAAAAUGCCAUCACCAAUGCGGUGGAUAUCUACACCUGCCCCAGCGGCUCGACGAGGAUUAUGGCAGCAAAUAAUGAUGCAAAGAUUAGAGUUCUCGAUGCCAUGAGUUUUGCCUGCACAAAUCAGUUCUCGUUUGAUUGGUCCGUAAAUAGCACCUCGGUUAGCCCCGACGGGAAGCUGGUAGCAGUCCUCGGCGACAGCGUAGACUGCUUGCUUGCUGAUUCGCAGUCCGGCAAGGUAGCUGCUACCCUCAAAGGACACUUGGACUACUCUUUCUCCGCGGCAUGGCAUCCUGACGGCCGAAUUUUGGCCACGGGAAACCAAGACACCUCCUGCAGGCUAUGGGAUAUCAGGAACCCAUCCACAUCUCUGGCUGUGCUGAAAGGCAACAUGGGUGCCAUAAGGGGGCUGAAGUUCACGUCCGAUGGGCGGUUUCUGGCAAUGCAAGAGCCUGCGGAUUUCGUCCACGUGUUCGAUGUGGGAUCUGGGUAUGUGAAGUGCCAGGAGAUUGAUCUGUUCGGGGAGAUCGCCGGGAUCUCGUUCAGCCCCGAUUCGGAGUCUCUGUUUGUUGGUAUAGCAGAUCGUACGUACGGAAGCCUGUUGGAGUUCAGGAGAAGACAUUAUGACUACUGCUUAGAUUCUUCUUUUUAUUAGGGUUCUAAUGUGUGUGUCUAGAUGGUUUUUACUACAAUGUAUAUAGAAAAUCCAGGUAGAGUCGUUUUUAAAUUUUUAUCGCUUUUUGAACCGUAAUUGGGUUGCACAAGUUGUUGUCGUUUGGCUCUGUUCACGGUUGCAAUAUUUUGGUAUUGUUCCCCAAGCGUAUUCAUAUUUAUAGGCUGCUGCUGUUUGUGGUGUAAUAUAAUUUUGUUCUCUUC